UUUUGAUCAAAUGCACCAAAAUGGCGAAGAAACCAAAAUAUUGACAAUUUCAGCGAUAGUUUUUGUCAUAAUACAAAGUUAAAAGCAGCGUUUUUGUUCUUUUACGCUAUGCAAAGGAAAGCCCCAAAACUGUUCAUAUGGAGAAUAACAUAGUGUCAGACUUUGAGCGGCUGCGAGUUUUCUCCAGCUCUAUUGGUAAGAUGGACGACCUUGUGCAUGAUCUCAGCAUGGCUCUGGAAGAUGCAGCCUCACACAAGCGUUCCAAGAGUGACGGGGGACAUGGAGCAUCUUCAUCAAGUACACGUCGCCAUCCAAGAAAACGUCGCGGUCGUAGGAAACGUCACCAGCCGGAUAAUGGGAAUUUCAGCGAAACAUCACAAAGCAGUAUCGAUGAAGCUUUGAAAGACUACAUGGAGAAUUGUGCACAGAGUGACUCUGAUGAUCUCACUAUAGCACAUCAUAUAGUGAGAUUAACAAUGCCACUUAGUAUUAACUAUGUACCAACACAAGUUGAGUCAGAUUCAGUAAACGAGUCUCUGUUUUCUCCAAUUCGGCCACAAAGAAGACGAAAAAAGUACAAGACAAUGGCAAUUGAUCCUGACCCAUCUUCCUCUCAACAUGACUCGCCCAUACAAGGCAAACCUAAGUUCAGUAGACCACGUAGCAAAACAAUGGAGCUGCCACGAUGUAGUAUGGGUACAAGUCCAAUGGAUGGUGGAGGAUUUCCCCAGAUAAACAAAGAAGGGGUGACGGAAGAUACAGUACCAGGGAAAAGGAAGAGAAAUUCCAGGAAGACUGACUUUCAGGCAGACGAUUGCUUUAAUAAAGAUGAUGACUCUGUUCAAGAUUCAACCAUGAAUUCUCAAGAGAGCAGUAGUUCAACUAUAAGUAGCAGCUGCAGCAGUGAUUCGGUGUCUGGGGAUGAGUACUGUGUAACUGCAGAAGCUGAUGAUGAACAGAGCGACUUCUUCCAUGAGAGUGGGCCAGCGAGUGGAAUCCCUGGCGUUAUACCAUGGUGGGAAAACGACGGUGUGAACAGCGGUGACGAGACGAUGGUGUCGGACAAACACUUCCAGCAGAUCCUAACUGGCAGUUUUCAACACCUUUCUAGGUCCUCGCAAGUCGGCUUCAAAGCUCGCAUGACACGGAUCAUGAGACAUUGUGGAAGGGAAAUACGAUUCGGUAGAAGAAAGCUAAGAGGAAAGAUACCUGGCUACACGGUCCAGCAUUUUAUCCAAGAGCGACACAAGUGGAACAGUAUUCAAGGGAAACUUGCUUCCCGAUUCACCAGCCCUACAGGGGUUCCAACAUCUAACACACUUACUGACAGCAAACGCCAAAGAAAAACACCACCACCAAUAUUUGGAUUAGUAGGUGGGGAUUCCGAGCCAAUUCCAGACACCAAUAUUGGGAACCGUAUGUUACAGCAGAUGGGCUGGAACCCCGGGCAGGGCCUUGGUAUAGACGGGACGGGUAUCAGGACCCCCGUUUUGGCCAGUACCAGGCCCCACAGGCAGGGGCUGGGGUGUGACAACUCGACCCAGGGACAUGGGAGUGGGGGUGGUGGAUUAACCAGCGGGGGCGGGACUUUAUCUUCAGGGGGAGGGGCAUUCAGUUUGACUGGAGUGAUUGGCAGUUCAAAUUCAGUAAAUGUUGGCCCGAUGACAACCGGUAGUGUGAGGGAGGGGCUUAGAAGUAGUGGGAGUGUCGGAGCUGUCACUCAUACAGGAACGUCAGGUCUAAGUAGGUCAGGGACAUGUGGAAAUGUCAGUAUUAACCAGUCAAAUGCCAGGACAGUGGCAAACUUGCAUGUUACUGGGACAAGACUUUUAACGUCGGGGGCUGGUUUCCCGGUCAAAAUGCAAUCUAGGAAUCAGGAACAGACCAGGGUUUCUGGCUCUCAGACUCUUGGAUCUCCGCCCAGUAAAUUGUUCUGAUAAAUACAUGUACAUUGUGCUACAUAGGGCACACAGGAAUUUGUUUCAUCUCUUGCCCAAUCAAAUUUUAUUUACAAACAUGAUUAUAAUUAGUUAAAAUACAUUUACCUACUAAUAUUUGAUCUCAAAAAAAUAUUAUACACAAUUUUAAUAAAAUCAUUUGUCAUCAUUAGCAGCCAAGUGGAUAAUUUAUCCAGGUUUAGCUAGUUUGAGCAUUAAACAAUUUGAUAGGUUGACAUUAAUAUUUGGAUAAAUAUUGACCAAUCAAUAAACAAAACCAAAGAAUAGAUAAGUCUUAUACUUUUGGCUAUGGAAUUUCUGUAUUUGAAUGCUGUAAAAUUUAGAAAUUGUAAAAAUAGAUAUUCUUGUAAACUGAACGUUACCCUUAGAACAGGUAGGACAUGAUAGUUUGUGUCUUAAGCCUCACAGGUUUAAUUAUCAUAUUUCAUUUAGCAAAAUUUUACUUUUUUAAACUUGUAGGCAAACUUUUAUCUUGUUUAUCUUUAUAAUAAAUUUUCUUAAGAACUUUUUAUCAAUUUUUUUUAAAUAUGGUAAAGAUACAAUACGAAUACAGAAUACACAAUUUAUAACAUAACAAAAAUUGUGAGCUUAGCUAUUGUUUGAGAAUGUUUGUCCUUAAAUAACACUCCUGAUAUAUUAUUCCUGUGUGUUUAGGGCUAUAUUGAAUGACCAUGGCAAAUUAAAUUUUGUAGAGGGCUGGAAAAUAACAAAAACUUUCAACUUUUAACCGAUUGCAAAAUUAUGUAACUUUCUGAGAUAUUACAAUUGAUAAUUGCUUACCAGUAUAUGCACAAAUAAUUUUAAUAUUAUCAUGAAAUGACGUUAUUUUAGAUCUAUUUUUCUAUUCAUAAAGUAUAUUAACGUUUGAUAUGCCGCCAUAAAUUACCUAUCAAAUUUAUAAUUUGCAGCAGUCAAUUGUAUAAAACAUUGGUAAAUUGUCCGAUGGUAAGCGUUUUUUAGUUUGCUGUUUAACUGAUUUGAUCGGAUAAUAGUGCUUCUUGGAUAAAAAAUUUAUCAUUUGGCCUUAAAUAAAAAACAUUUGGUUCAGGUUACCCGACCCUACCUUGGAAAUAGGUCCACCGCUUUUUAUUGUUUGUUGGUAAAAAAAUUGAAGAAAAAAUUCAAAAAAUAUAUUUUAAAUGUUUUGACAAGUAGUUUAAAACCUGUAAAGCUUUAUACAGAAGAUAAUUUUAAGGCCAUUCCCAAUUGGUGAGUAUAACCUUUUAACAUAAAGUCUAAUAAAAAAAAAACUAAAAAAGCCUACCUACUCUGUAUUUAAAAAGAACGUAACCCUAACUAAACAUUUUUUUUGGCCUUGGCUAACUUUGACCAAACCAAAGAAGUUAUCAGUUUGCUUCAAUUGACUGUUGGUACAAAUUCCAUGUUAUGCCUGUUAGGAGGACAGAAUUCAAAACAGAUUUGAUAUGUGAGGCUUGUACAUUUAUUAUACUGUGUAUGCUAUCAUGUGUAUUUUUUAUUCUCUGAUUUUAUGACCGACGUUUGCUAAAUGUUGUAUGAUAAGCCCCGUGUGACUAAGAUGUUAAUAUUAAACCACUACAAAACCCCCCUGUUAUCCUCCCGAUGUUACUAUGUAAUGUUUGGAUGUUUAGAUGCUGUAUAUAUUUUUUGAGAAAGGGAAAACAUUAUAAACUAUGCUAUUAUGUAUGAGAAAAACUCACAAACUAUGUUAAUAUUUUUUUGUGGAAAGUUCACAAACUGUUUAUGAUGUUUGAGAAAAUUUCAGAAACUAUGUUAAUGAAUGUUUGUAGAAAAACUCAAAAACUGUUAAUGAUGUAUGAGGAAAGGUUAUCAUUUUUGUUAAUGAUAUUUGAAGAACACUCACAAACUAUGUUAGUUAGGUAUGAAGAAAACUCGCAAACUAUGUUAAUGAUGUAUGAAGAAAACUCACAAACUGUGUUAAUGAUGCAUGUGUACAACUCACAAACUAUGUAAAUGAUGUAUGAAGAAAACUCACAAACUAUGUUAAUGAUAUAUUAAAAAAAUUCACAAACUAUGUUAAUGAUGUAUGUGUACAAUUCACAAACUAUGUUAAUGAUGCAAGUGUACAAUUCACAAACUAUGUUAAUGAUGCAUGUGUAUAACUUGCAAACUAUGUUAAGUAUGUACACAUAUAAGUAGUUAGUUCCAUUACUCUUUUUAAAUAUUUGUUGAUACAAUGAUAAAAUGGAUGUGCAAUUUUUCCAUUUCUGAUACUUGGUAUGAAUUUUUCUAUCAUAAUCAAACUAAAGAGCCCAUUGCUAAUUCAUAUGCAUGUCUAAAAAGCUAUUCUUGAUGAAAAGCAGAGGCAUUAACCACACGAAUCUAUAUGAAAUAAAAUUCCCAGCAUGUUGUACAUUUUGUUUGAGUUGCUAUAAUGUAUUUCUUUAGUUCUUUACAUCAAUCAACUUGACAUUGUCAUCAAAUUUGUAUAUUCAUCAAAUUGAUUGAGCAAGCCUGAAAUCAAAUCUUACAUAACUACUAGGCUAAAGAAAUAGUGACAGGCCUGGCUAUGGAAUAUUCAGACUUUGACCAGGCCCUGCAAACAAUUUACAAGUACAGUGCUUGUGGGCUUGUGCUCAUUUCUACCAUUGAAGUGAUAAGAUUUGUGGACACUAUUUAUUGCAUUAUGACUACCAAUUUACUUCUUUGAAGUAGGGAACUCGAAUUAAUUUAAGGGGGAUUUCAUAAAUUUUUCGAAAAGAGAUAUACUCGUUCAGUGCAAAGUAUACUUCGAAAUGUGUUUGGUAUUUUGGGGGUGGGAUUUUAAAACAACUUCAUGAGUUUAAAGAAAAAAAGUCAAGGUUUUGUUACCGCCUGUUGUUGUGUCAUUUUGCAAAACUUUUAUCAUGGCCAUUACCAAAUAAAACAUUAAGCUGAUGUUUGAUUUGAAUGAGAGAACAGGCUAAAUUUCAAAACAGUGAAAAUAUCAAAUUCAUAUUUUCACUGUUUGAAAAAGUGAAAUAUCAUUUAAAAUUUCAGUGAUAAAUCUCUAUUAACCACAGGAAGGCAUAUGAAAAAGUUCUGUAACGUAAUAACUGCAUUAGAUAACUUUGUCAAGGUUUUGUCAUAGCCUUGAUACCUGGGCUCAUAACUCACAAACUGUUCAAGAUAUUCAAAUGAAACUUGGCACACUUGUUGCCUUAGACAAUACACACAUGUAAAACAAGAACAAAAGCUGUGGUUUUACUAAUAAAUGAAUUGUACUUUUUGUGCGUUAAAAUAAAAGACAAGCGUUUAUGUUUGGUCUGGGGAGCUCUUGUUGUGUUAAAUGUUUGUUUUAGACUAGUCAAUCAAGUGCUGGCAGGAAUGGGGUUGUUUGGGGAAUAGAAAGGGGGGGUGGGGGGAGAGGAGAGAUAAUGGUGGUUCUGGCUGGCUGGAUGACCAUUCGUGUAUAAAUUUAAGUAUUGUAGUAGUCUAGAAUAGAAUUAUAUAUAUAUAUAUAUUUGUGCAAUCUUGCAUUUACUGGAUGCUUUAAAUACUUUCAGUGGAGAAGGUGGUGUCUAAAUUAAAGUUACAAUCUUUUUUCAUAUUUUAGCAGUGUGACAAUUAGAAGUGUGCUAAAUGACCAAUUGUAUAAAACAAUAUGUUUCUAUGACAAUUAUAUUUUUUUUAAGUAUUUAGGUAUAAGAUAAAUCUGGCAGCUGUUUACCACCUAUUUUUCCCAGAUUGUUUUUCAUUUGUGUUCCAUUGAUAUUCGGGAAGUGCAAAGUGUAGAUUCUUUAUGAGACAUGCAUUAUAGUUUUGUACAGAUUAUUAAGUUACUGUUAAGUACAUUCAUUUUUUCCUUCAUUUUGACACAUUGUAAAAUAUCCAUGUCAUAAAUUCACUCAUCUCUGUACAUAUUAAGCGACAUCUACACCGGAGAUAGAACUUAGAACUUUGUGUGUGUCUGACUGUGUGUACUAAACUUGAGGCCAUCUUUAAAAGUGUUUGCGGUGCCCAACCAACUGGUUUAAUUGUACAGCCUCCAAAAAAUAAAUUGCCAUCUGCGGUGUCAACAAAUUUUCAGUCUAUUAUCAAAGGGGGAUACUAUUGGAAUUUUUUUAAAAACUUUUGGUACUAAGAAAAAAAAUCCCUACCUACGGUACCUACUCACUCGCAAACAUUUAUUAAUUAUGGCCUAAAAAGUAUGUUUUUAUAUUCUUGAGGGGACUACCCAGUGCUUAUUUCGAUGGUAAUUCCUAAUAAAAAGAUAUUUAAUAGAAGAUGAUAACACUGAAAACUAAAAUCGUCAAUUUGAACACAGGCCUUUCCAGUUUUAUGACAUGUUCAUGACAAUGCUGUGUUGAACUGUAAAUUUCACAGAAAUAAAAUCUUCACACCAAUAUGCCAGACAAAAACACCUCGACAUUAUCCUUCAGAAAGCUUCCCGGAGAUUGCUGAGUUGUUACUAUUGACAAAUAUGCAAGAACUAUAGCACGUUGAUGUGACCUAUUUGAUGUUUUUCUCGCAAUGUAUGAUUUGAAUAGAAAGAGGGAAAGGAUGUCCUUCAAAAUCUCUAAUAUACUAAAGGAAUGAUAAAACUGCAUGCAAAAAUACCAGUUCUUAAACAACUCAAUUCUAUAAAGUGUAACAUACUUGAAGAAGUACCUCUCUUUAUCACAGUAACAUUUAUGUGUCAAAUGAUAGAGGUAAACAAUAUGUAAACAAGGUAACACAUUUUGUGAGAUUUUUGUCUUCGACUUCCUUGAAGAUGUGAAGCUUUUUUUCCUUUCCGUGAAAUGUACCAUUCAAUAACGAUGAUCUCAAUAAUGACGUCAUCUUUGUUUAUAUUUUCAUUGGUUCAUUUCUUUGAUUUUUGUUAAAGUAUUAUGCACCUAUCAAUGUGGUGGCACUAAGGUGGUGGGGGAGGCUGCGGCAGGCAUGUGAGGGACAAUGGGUGAUUUCCCGGCGAUCGGGAUUUUGACAAACCUGGUGAGACCGCCAACCGGCAAAUAGACGAAGCCCAAUUUUUUUUCCACAUUUUUAUUGCAUGCAACCCAAUCCCAGGGAUUUGGACAAAAAAUAUCUGCUGUAUGGGUAGGAUUUGGAUAACCAAAUGAGUCGUUUGUCUUAAUCCCUCGUGUGUGCCCGUAGCCACCGGUUGAGCAACACAUAGGCAGGUGCAUUAUUUUAAAAAACUGAUAAAUUAUUUUGGAAGCAUUGAAUGUCCAUGAUGUACAAUGAAGAAAUAAAUUGAAAGCUGUAUUUUGAAAAA